AUGGAUUCGGAGGUUGCACCAAAGUUCGCGCCCUUCAUUGGCAUGGGUGGGAUUGCUGCGGCAAUGGUGUUCGGAUCAAUCGGUGCUGCAUAUGGAACCGCGAAAUCGGGCAUCGGUAUUGCAGGAGUGGGCACGUUUCGGCCUGACCUAAUUAUGAAAUGCCUCAUUCCUGUCGUCAUGUCAGGCAUCAUCGCGGUUUACUCUUUAGUCAUCUCGGUCCUGAUAGCAGAAGACUUAACACCACCAUCUGUUGGCAGCUACAGUUUGUUUGCCGGAUUUCUGCAUCUUGGCUGUGGUAUAGCAGUGGGAAUGACAGGCCUCGCUGCGGGAUAUUGCAUCGGCGUUGUCGGUGAAGCCGGUGUUCGCGCAUAUAUGGAGCAGUCGAGGGUGUUUGUCGGAAUGGUGCUGAUCCUGAUUUUUGGAGAGGUACUUGGGCUUUAUGGGCUCAUCGUGGCGCUACUCCUCAAUACUCAAAGCAAAGGCUGA